AUGGAAGCUGCAGAACGGCAACCGGAAAAAGACGAGCAGGAACAGCCCAUGUUCGUUGACACUUCCAUGUUGGAAUCUGAUAUUCAAACGUUAGAGAGUGAAAUCAUGACGCCGUCACCCAUGAUGAUGAAGACAGCGCUACACGAGGGCUUGGAUACGAAUUAUCAGACACCAGGUGGAAAGAUUAAUGUUGAAGAAGACAAUGCGACUGUUAGCAGUGUGCGAACUCCAGCGGACAAUCUUUUGGACAAGUUUCAAAGCUUGAAUGAUUCCUGGGUGGACGUCAAAACUCGAAGCGCAAGCACCAAGAAGAGAGCCAUAGACACACCUUCUAUGGAAGAUCUUAUGGACAGUCCCAUGCCAAAUUUUGCAUCAGCUCUAAACGAUUACUGCACAGCUGAAAGAGAUGACGAGAAUGACGAGCACGAUGACGUAUCUUCAAUGGGGGAUUCCACGACAUCCACAAUCUCGUCUCAAGAGUCAGUCUUUGAUCGAUUGCAUAGGCAUGGUACGAGUCAGCAACGGCGACGGCGGCGGAAUCAGAAAUCAUCAGAUCCAUUUACAUCGCCAAGGGAACACACGUCUACGAAUGACUUCUUCACACCUUCUUCAGCAACAUCAUCAGUAUCCUCAACCACUUCUAGAUCCAGGAAAAGCGCAUCCAAGCAACAAACCAAAAAGGUUCGAAAUCGAGUAGUACCAACAUCAGCUGCCAAAAGCUCGGCCACAAGGAGUAGGAGCAAUAGUGAAUCCAAGGUUUCGCCCGCUUCCUCUCAGGACUCAGUAUUUGACCGGUUGUAUCGCAACCAAAAGAGAACGGAAAUUCUGUGGCAUGCUCCACCAACUCCACAACUGGUAUCGCGAUCUAUAGACCGCAAGAGAAGUGGUCGAAGAAAGAAUGAUACUCGACGACCUUCCAAAAUUCCGGCGCCAUCCACUCCUCAGACCGCAUCCAAGCCACAACUAAAAAAGAAACGAAUUUCUUCCACACCCGCUACUGUUGUACCGAAGAGUCAAGGAAUGACAAUUGAAGAUAGUGAGGGGAACAACAGCAUUGAGCCGCUCUCUGAGACCGCGAGUGCUGCUGCGGCUUCAUCGCUGGCGGAAGAUUCCACCACGGAUUCUACGGCUGUUCGUUCACCUGCAGCUGAAACACUUGAUGCGGUUUCAACUGCAUCCGAAAAGGAAAACAAGUUGCGUCCAAGGGCAGUUGCAGCACCAAGAGAGCAACCGACAGCACUCAAGAAUGCGAACUGGAGUACGACAUCCAUUGAUGAAGACUUGGCGGAACUGGCAGCAAUACAGCUAGAUUUGGACCAACAGCAGCAACACCUGGCACCCACUCCAAGGAAGACCAAUGUUCCAGUGGGUAAAUCGAUUGGCAAGACUUCCUCCGUGGAACCAAAGCAACUUUACACGUACAAUCCUUCUACGGCUAUAGCGAACUCAUUGUUGGGCGAUGUGGAAGACAUUUUGAAGCCUCAAGUCACAAGAUCCACUGCACCAUCCGUUGCAUCAACUGCAACUCAUACGCAUGUUGAAGACGAUGAUGCUACAAGUAGAGCGUCUUCUGGCUUUUUCACAUUGGAUCAUGCACAAAGUUCUUUCACGUUGCAACCUUUGGUAUCAUUUCCGAAAGACAGCAUCGGAUCUAAACAAGCCACUGUACAAGAAUCUGUUCCGAAUGAAAAAGCGGCGAUUGCCAUUCAAUCGUGGUGGAAAUCCUGCUUGGCACAAGUUUCAUUGGCAAAUUUGGUUAUCGAGCACCGAAAUACGACCUUUCCUUCUGCACACGAUACUAGCCCAAGAGUGUUGCUCCGGAUCAUCAGCUCGACGCAUCCCCACGAUCUUAUGACAGAGCAACACCAUAAUGUCCUUGUCGCAGAAUCGUCACAGCUUUCGCUUGAAAUCCGACUUGCGAAACCAAGUUUUUCAAAAUUGAGGCGGCAGUUGAGCAAUAGCAUGCUCCUGCGAUCUGCAUUGGCUUCGGCAAGACUAGAGUUCGAGGGAAUUAUCUUUGUGGAAGCAAGUCAGACGAUUCAACGAUGGUGGAGAAGGAGGAAAUACAUCGAACGAAAAAGUGCAACUACUCCUUCAUCCACGCACAAAGUUAUGGGAGGUGCUCGGAAAAAAGAACUUUCUUUCUAUUUGGAGGAUGUUACUGGUGGAUUGCUUGACGAAGAGCUACUAGAAACCCUGUCCAAAGACUCGGCUAAUCAAUAUACUUUGGAUAGGGCAUCAACUGAACCGCAGGAAACACCGAUUUGCAAGGAGUUAUCCUUAUUGGGUGAUGUGGGAGACUCGGAUGAAGAACUCCUGGUGUCGCCUUCCAAACCGUUGGUGUCGAGUCCCAGUGACGUAAAUAUUGGAAGAGAGUUGUUCCCUACUCCACCAUCUGGCGCGGAUUUGGCUCAUGGUAGUGGAUACGAGGAAGCGAGUCCUGUUGGAUAUUUUGAUCCUGUUCCAGUUGAGACUCCAGUCAGAUCACAGAAUGAUAAAGGAGAGCAAAAUAGAGAAAACGACAAGAGAGAAGAAGCAGCUAGUGUUAUUCAAAGAAGCUUUCUGAUGUCAACAUUGACAUCUGCGAUAGAGCACAACACGCCUACUCGAGAUCACAUGCGACGGGCCUUAUCAUCUCCGAAAUCUCUCCUUUGGAUUGAGGACGACCCCUGGUUAUUCAAAGAUCCAUCCGAUGGAUUUCAGCUAUGGGUAGGUUCUGGAGACCUUAUUGAGCGCAACGCUGCCAGACUUGCGACCCACAACAUUGUGAAAGCCUAUCUAAAUGGUCUACGCAAAUAUCGGAGGACCAAGCUAGCUACUUUGAUUCAAUCCAAUUUUCGUCGCUUUCAAUGUGAAAGCGAGUACCGACAGAAAUUGUGGGCCAUCGUGGGGAUUCAGCAUGGAUGGAAGGCAUUCAAAUACCGCAGGAUGUUAAAAAGCAAAGCCACGAAGAUCAAGUCCGCUUACAAAAUGAAAUCGGCAAAGACUAAAUUCCAAACGAUGAAAUUCGCAGCCAUUCUGAUUCAGAAUCAGUGGAGAAGCUAUCAUGCCACCCGAGAAUAUUUGAAAGCACAGUUUUUGGCUGUUUGGUUGCAACGGACUUGUGCACGCGCACGUGGACAAAGACAGCGCUUUCUGGCUUUAAAAUCUGCCACCGCCAGUCUGCAGUAUCGCUUUCGAGUGUACAGCACGAAGAAGCAAUAUAAGUUGGAAAUGUUGAAGGCAACAAGGAUUCAAUCAGUGUGGAGGAUGUCCUGUGCUAUUCGAAAUCGGAUGCUGUCUAUUUAUUUUACCUGCAAGAUCCAAGCUUUGGUUCGUUCCCAUUUCAAAUCUCGGAAAUACCUGGGAUUGCGAAGUUGCAGCAUCACUGUCCAAUCUGCCUUGAGAAAGCACAGAGCACUAAGAACUUAUCAGCAACAGAGGUACGGUUUUGUGAAGGUUCAAGCCUUAUGGAGGCGCUAUCUCGCUGCGCGGUGGUAUAUACAUCAGUAUCAAUCUGUUGUCCGUCUGCAGGCACUCGGUCGAAUGCAACAAUGUCUUUGUCUGAAGCGCAAUGCUUUGCAGGCAGUCGUUGUGAUUCAACGGGAAACUCGUCGCCUUCUGGCUGAACGUGCAUUCAUCAUUAUUUGGAGGUCAAUUUUGGUGAUUCAGGCACAGCAACGUCGUCAUACUGCUCAGAACGCCUGGUUCAAGACGAAGGCUGCUUCGCUUUGCCUUCAAUCCGUUGGCAGGGCGUACAUAUCCCGACGGUCGUUUGAGAAACAUAGAGAUGCUGUUGUGAAAAUUCAAUCUCAUGGGCGAUCUUACAACCAAAGGCGCUGUUACAAGGCGGCGAGAAGGGAUGUCAUUCUUACUCAGUCAAUCUCCCGUCAGUGGUUGGCGCAUAAGAGCUGGAAAAAAUCAAGAGCUGCAGCUGUUUCCUGUCAGAAGACGAUUCGCUGCCACCUCUCAUCGGCAGCAUUCAGGAAGACAAAGACCGCUUGCACGAAUAUCCAGAAAACAUACCGCCGGGCCCUUGCAAUGCAGAAUUGGAAGAUUGCUACGAGAUCGAUAAUUCGAAUUCAAUCUUUUCUUCGCAUGAUUCAUGCAAGAGAUGCGUUUAGCUUUGCUAUGUUUAGUGUCUGGACCUUGCAACGAGUUAUCCGUGGUUAUCAACAGAAGUCGAAAUUCACGAUUCAGCGACAUGCAGCAGUAAGGAUCCAAUCAAUUGUCAGGUGUACAAUGUAUAAAGCGCACUAUACGGAGCAGAAAAAGGCUUCAAUUGUCAUUCAGUCCAUCGCGAGGCGAAAUGCCGCAAGCUAUCGUUUGAACAAUGCUAAAUCUGCAGCUGUCACUAUGCAAAAAUCAAUGCGGAAGUUGCUGCAUCGUGCAUCAUUUCUUCGAAUGCAAUCAUCAGCAAUGGAGAUACAGUCGGCUGUGCGCGGUUUCUGUGAAAGAUCGCGCUAUACUCGAACCCGAAACGGUCUCUUGACAAUUCAGAGAAUUUGGCGUGGUGCCACAGCGAGAGUGCGGUCCUCGAAAAAGUAUCGAGCAGCUCUCCUGAUCCAGCGAUUUUCGAGAGGGAGAUCUAGCAGGAUCCUAGCGACAAAACGCGCUGAUCGUAUCGUUGCGUUGCAGCGAUAUUCAAGAGCCUAUGUUGCCCGAAGGCAGCACGAACGCCUACUCCAUACUCGCCUUCUUCUUGCACAGUCAUCUUGGCGUGGAGCCAUUUGGCGAAAACGGUUCGUUGCCCGGAAGAAAUCAGCAUUGGACAUCCAGACUAUGAUCCGCGGGUAUCUUGCGAGAAAAGAAGCCCUGUCGAGGUCACAUUCCGCAAUUGUCAUUCAAUCACACUGGCGUAUGGCAUUUUCAAGAGAAAACUACUCCAAGACGCGAGUUUCGGCAGUCAUGAUACAAGGACGUAUACGAGGAAUUUGUGUGCGCAAUACGAUUGCUGGGCUACACAUAUUGGCCACAUGCGUUCAAAGGCACUGGAGAGGUCACGUUGGACGAUUGCAAUAUGCUGAACGUGUCGAAAUGAGAAAUGUGGAAAUAGCUGCCGCUCGUUUAGUCAUCCAAUCAACCUGGCGAAUGUACGUGGCAAGGGUGGAGUUCGGAAAAGUCAAGGAUGCUACAAUAUCCAUCCAAAAACAAUGGCGCGUCUUCUCGGCUCGAGAGGAGUUUGAACUAGCUCUACUCUCCUGCAUCCUCAUUCAAGCGAUCGCUCGAGGGGCUGUAGUACGGACGAGAACGAAGCUAUGGCACAGAUGCUCAUUGGAGAUUCAAAGGAGCUGGCGUGGCUAUCUUGGGGCGAAGCGAGUUCAGUUGUUGCUUGAGGAAGAGCGCUUAGCGAAAGUCGAAAAGGCAGAAAGGAUGAGACGAGUGGAGCUCAUGGGUAUCGUGAUCUGUGUUUACCAUGGAUUGGCUUGUAUUUCUAUAGUCGUUCAAAAAGACUUCGCUCGACAGCAAUGCGCCCAUGCACGUACCCACAAGGCUUGUACUCUGAUUCAGAGUGCUGUCCGAGGCAUGCUGAUUCGAAGCCAAAUCAGCAAUCGACCUUCAGGCAUUUCUUUUUCAAAUGGACGUCGUCGUGAAGAGUUGGCGGCUGCGACAAAGAUCCAAUCAAUGUAUCGAAAUCGUUUCGCAAGAAAACAGUAUGAUGCAAAGCUGCGGUCAGCAACUGUGAUCCAGAAACACUGGCGCAGCCUGCAGGCGUGUCGACAAUAUGGCAUCUCCGUUGCUAAUUGCAUGAUGAUUCAGAGCACCUUUCGGGGAUUACUCGCUCGAAACGAAGUUAAGACAUGGCGCAAGUCAGCCACUUGCAUUCAAAAGAAUUGGCGUGGACAUGUGGGUGUACAGAACGUGCGCAUACUCCGUACUGCAACGAUGGAAAAAGCUGCCACAAGUGUCCAAUCCAAAUGGCGCAUGCACAAAGCUGCAAAACGAUAUCAGAAAGUUUUUCGAGGAGCCAUCCAUCUUCAGAAAUUUUGGCGAGCUUCUUUUUGGCGUUCACGUUUCGAGCUCGUUCGAAUUGCGUCUGUCAUGAUUCAAAGUGCAAUUCGUGGAUCAUUAGUUCGACGAGAGGUCAAGAUCUGGAAUAAGUCUGCGGCCUUAGUUCAGAAGACAUGGUGUCGGUACAUUAACGUGAAGAAAAUCAAGUCACUGUCCGAAGCAAUUCUCUUGAAGCAGUCGCUGGCCGCGACAAAGAUACAAACUAUCAAUCGAAUGCAUGUGGCAAGAAAAUCUUAUCAUUCAAGACUGAGAUCUGUUCUUGUAAUCCAAAACCAUUGGCGUAGUGCGCAAGCAAGAGAACGCUACGAAAUGUGCCGCGCUUCCAGCGUGAUCGUGCAGAGUAUCGCCCGUGGGUCCUUGGUUCGAAAUGAGAUCAAGAGUUGGCAGGAAGCUGUCGUAAUAAUCCAAAAAUACUGGCUUGGUGCGCUAGCAAGAGAACGAUACGAGCUUUGCCGUGGUUCUUGCGUGAUUAUCCAGAGUACCACCCGUGGAUCCUUGGUUCGGAAGAAAAUUGGCGCCUGGAACGAAUCAGCUACUUGUUUCCAGACAACUUGGCGUGGAUAUAGAAGUGCCAAAAAGGUCCAGUCGUUGGCAAAACAUUCUUCAAUUAAUAAUGUAAACGCUGCAACACGCAUGGUAUCGCCACCCAGUACACCUGUUGCAGAACCGGCAUUUCACUUGUCUAUUGCCGAACAAAAACCAGAGAAUGAGGAUAGGAAUGAAGGCAGUCCAAGUGCCAAGACGGUCCUGUCGUUGGUAGAACAUGCUUCAGCUGAUAAUUUGAACGUUGCAACAAGCCUGAUAUCGCCACCCAGCAUACCUGUGGCAGAAUCGGCCCUUCACUUGUCCAUCGCCGAUCAGCCACCAGAGGAUGAGGAUAGGAGUGUAGGCCGUCCAGGUGCCAAGAAGGUCCAUUCGUUGACAGAGCAUUCUUCAUUUGAUAAUUUGAACGCUGCAACAAGAAUGUUAUCGCCACCCCGCACACCUGUGGCAGAACCGGCAUUUCGCUCGUCUAUUGCCGAUCAAACACCAGAGGAUGAGGAUAGGAAUGACGACCGCCCAGUUGCCGAGAAGGUCCAUUCGUUGGCAGAACAUGCAACAAACAUGCAAUCGCCACCCCGCACGCCUGAGAACGAGGAUAGGAAUGAAAGCCGUUCAAGUGCCGAGGAGGUCCAUUCGUUGGCAGAGCAUUCUUCAACUGGAAGGAUGAAAGCUGUAACAAGGAUGCAAUCGCUACCCCGCACGCCUUUGGCAAAACAGGCACUGCACCUUUCUACUGCCUACCAAACGCCAGAGAAUGAUGGAAAGAAUGAACGCAGUCCGGUCGAAAAUGUGGAUUGGGAUAGCAUAUCUGCUAUUGACGUUGUGCAUGAUCUCUUGAAUCGAUCCGCGACUCCAAUUCAAAAAGUAUGGCGGGGCGCCUCUCUUCGUGGUUCAUUUGCGAAGACUAGGAUGCUUUCGACUUCUGCUGCUACUUUGAUCCAAGCGUCGUUCCGGAGCCACCGAGCUCGACAACUAUGUCAAGCUACAUUGAUGGUGCAAUCAGCAUCAGCAACACUGAUCCAGUCCAAUGUUCGGGGGCUGUUAACCCGGAAUAUGGUUGCAGGACGAGGGGAGGCAGCUGUCUCUAUCCAACGUUUCUGGAGGAAUCGUUCGCUUCGACUAGCCCUUUUGCAGCGAUCAAUGGAUGAGAUAUUGACGAAAGAACUGGAGGAUUCGUACAGAACACAGGCAGCUAUGGUCUUGCAGAGUUUUGCACGUCGCCAAGUGGCUCAAGAGUUGUUUUGCGCGACUCGCAGUUCUAUCAUUAUUGUCCAAUCCUUCGCAAGGGGUCGUCUGUUCAGAAUGCGGUUGAAAAAUUGCACCAACGCUGCCAUCAUUAUACAGAAGAACUUGCGCGGUGCAACUGCACGCUCUCGUAUUAGAGGACUACACAAUGGCGCAACAAUUGUUCAAGCAGUCGUCAGAAUGUUUCUUGUAUCCAGACUGUUUUGGUUCCUUCGGCUGCCUCGAGCAAAUCGUGAUAUGGUGAACGAUGCCGCUAGAAAGAUUCAAGUUGCCUUUUUCCUAUUCAAGAUGAGACUUGCAAUCCUCAGUAUGCAGUCGUCUGCAAUCAUCCUGAAACGAUGCAUUCGCGGUCAGCUUGUCCGAUCAGCAGCCAAGUUCGCGCUUGUUCACGUGAAUUCUGCUUUCCACAACCCUGUAAUCUUGUCAUUUGCAAGGGUGGUCGCUGGUAACGAUCCCGGUUAUGCACCUACAUACGUUGCUUGGAGAAGAGCAGUCACACAGGCGGAGAAAUCCUCCACGAUUGUGAUCCAGAGUGCUGUGAGACGCUUUCUUGUACGAACACGAAUUUCUCGCAAGUUUCAUGUAUGCUUUGACUCUCAUAUGCUUCUGGACCAAACUCUUAUUGAGGAGGAAGACAUGUCGGCACUGGCUAUUCAGCGGGCUUUCAAGGGAUGGAGAAGUCUCAAGGCAUACAAGCUGCUUUUAGAGAAUCAUUCUCACAAGAGAAAUCAAGCUGCGAUUCAUUUGCAAAGAAUUGCCAGAGGGAGGAUAUCUCGUAUUUUGACAAGUUCUUACCGCAAGAAAACAGCGCACAUUUCCAGAAAUGCUACAGCUUUUAUGUUUGAAGUCAUUCAGCGUUCUGGCACAGCAAGAGUUCGUCAGUUGCUCGCAUCUCAGUCCAGCCCUACUUCUCUUUCUUCCAGUCUGCAACGCAUAGCGGAUCGCACAAAGUGGGCCCAGAGAGAAGCUGAAUCGCUUGCUUCUAAUCCAUUGCCGGCUUAUGCAAUUGCUGUACUCAAGAAUUUGGAUACUCCAAAUGAUCCACCGUCGACAUUCGAGAUAAAGAAGACUCAGAUCAAACCAAUUCGGGUCGAAACAAGUGCCCGCUUGCAAGCUCAAUUAGAACCAAGGAGACCAUCAACUCCUGUGAGAUGCAACAAAACUCCCAUGGUGAAGACAGCAGUUCAGCACAACGUCGCAAACAGGAAAACGGUCACCAAGACGGCACACGAUGUUGAGAACACACGACAAAUUGUUGUCAAUAGCCAAUCAGCGCAGUUGAAGGCGCAUACGAAGCCUGGCUUCGAUGGCAUGAGUUUAUCGGAUUUGCGAAAGAUUCACCGGGAGACCAUGAAGAAGACGCAAGAGGUAAAGACCCCCGUGAAGCGCAGCACAAUGGAACUUCCCAACACAAAUGUGACCCUCGCCACGACUACUCAAGUCCCCAAGACACCAUCACCCAAACGUGCCACUAAUGAGGCUGGCAAAAACUCACUUUUCGGUGACCCAAACAACAUGCCCUCACCCAUCAAGAAAGAAAAUGAUUGGGAUUGGGCAGAUGAGUGGUAG